GAUAAGCCAGCAAAGGGUAUUUCUACACCUCCAAGCUUUUCAGCAUUCGUGGAUGAACACUCGUAGCAUCGACGUGAAUUAAAUAGUUAUAGUAAGAAACAUGAGAGUGCACGAAUUUUUAAUAAUCUUGUUCACGAUCGGACUCGUUGCCUUACAACCGGGGGAAGGAGCACACCAGUGCUAUCAAUGCAAGGGCAAUUCAUGUAAGGAACAGAAACUUGAAACAUGCAAGUCUCCCGACACGAAUUCAACCUCGAGUACAACCUCGAGUACAGCCUCGACUACACCCGAGGCUUCAACCUUGAGUACAGCCUCCAGUACAGCCUCCAGUACAGCCUCCAGUACAGCCUCCAGUACAGCCUCCAGUACAGCUUCGACUAAACCAGGAACUCCAACCUCCAAUACAGCUUCGACUAAACCAGGAACUCCAACCUCCAAUACAGCUUCGACUCCAGCCCCGACUCCAGCCCCGACUCCAGCCCCGACUCCAGCCCCGACUGCAGCCCCGACUGCAGCCCCGACUGCAGCCCCGACUCCAGCCCCGACUCCAGCCCCGACUCCAGCCCCGACUGCAGCCCCGACUGCAGCCCCGACUGCAGCCCCGACUGCAGCCCCGACUCCAGCCCCGACUCCAGCCCCGACUCCAGCCCCGAAUUCAACCCCGAAUCCAGUCCCGAAUCCAACCCCGAAUCCAGUCCCGAAUAAAACAAAAGGCACGACUACAACCACGCAUGCAGCUGCCAUGAAUAUUGAUAGAAAGCGUAGAAGUGUGAUCGAUCGAUUCUCACGAAUACAGUCCGUUAGUACCAACGUUACAUAUCACUGUUAUUCAAAAACUGAGAAUGGUACGGAAUCCAAGGGUUGUACCUCAGAAACAAAUUUCUGCAAAGAUAAAGAUAAUUGUAUAGUCUGCGAUACGGAUGGAUGCAAUUCGGCAACGUCAACUGUUGUAUUUACAUCUAUGAUUUUCUCUUUGGCAGUAAUCGUAUUGUUUGUAAGAUAAACUAAUAGUUUUCUUAUUGUAAAGCCAGCUUUUUCAACAACAACAAUCAAUAAUGCCUCAGCAACGAUCAACUAGGUCUUUCCAUUUCUUCUUGAUAAACAAAGACAUUGUAUCGAACGGACAUAGAGUUUUAUAAAUUUAACAGUAAGAAAGAAGUAGAAUUAUAUUGACAAUUAUAACUAAAAUAGCAUAUUGUACAUAUAUCUAUAAAGUUGUAAAAUAAAAGCUUAAUUUAUGUAAUUUAAGAUAGAACCAAAAUUGCACGAGCAGUAAUUGAUGGUUUGUAUAAGUUGUGAACCUUCGUCCUUGGUAUACAAUCUAUACAUUUUUACAGAUAUAAUAUAUAUAAUAAUCACGUAAGUCAGGACAUUGAACUUUGCGUCGGGAAUGAAAUUAAUUGUAAACAAAAGUGUAUUAAGUAUAGUUAAUUUGAUGUUUAACUAGCAAACCAUUCACCGCGGAUCGAUGUGUAUGUAAAGGCAACGAACUCGAUAGAUUUGAUAUGUACCAGUCGUUAUCCGUUAUAUUCAAGCUUUUCGACAUAAAUGUUUCUCACACGAGAGUAGCGCAAGCGUCGUUAUUUCCAAUAUGCAAAGAAAUUGCAUUGAACAUGUAACAAUAAUAACUUGAAACGCUAUCAGGUUUCCAUCGACUUUCGGUCGAAACAACAAACAGGAACGUCGACAAAAUCGAAAAUAUCGAUACGGGAAAAAUUGCGUGUUUCUGUUAUCAUUUUUCUGCAUAACAUAUUUCUAAUAGUAAUAUUUUCAGGUAUACAAGUAAAUAUCUAAUUUUCGAUAUGCAGAAAGAUCCUAGAAGAGAAGAGGACAAACACAAAAUGCAAAAUGCGAGUGAGCUGGGAGGGGGCGCAGAGGGAGAAGGGCUAUUUCAAACAAAGUUAGAACACACUAUGAAAGAGCUUAAAUUCAAAGGAUACGUCGAAAAAAAAUGUAUAUAUUUGGACGACGUGAUGUCAAGUGACAAAAAACGAGUAUAAAAAAAAGAGAGAGAACAUGGAGGAACAGUAAAUUAGCGAAGAAGGCGUGCGUAAACAUGAACUGUGUUGAACGUCACGACGCGAGGCAGUGCAUGAUGCGCGAUUAAGUACAUGAAUUGAGAUUCGGGACGUGCUGGUGGCCAGAGCGGUUCGCGCUUCGCGCGCCUCCACGGUGGUGUUCGUUGGGAAUUCUGGGCAAUUCUGGCGUUGCUCGCAAGGGUACGCGCGCGGUCGAGCAACUCGAUUCGUCGGAGCUGCGCCAAGCACUCCUCAGUCUCCACGACUCCGCGAGGAACCUCAGUCUACAGUCUACCGUCACAGUUCGUGAGCGUCGUUUCGGCAGAGUUUUUCCGUCACUUUCGUGUUUCUUUCAGAAUUGCUACCACACGAACAUUCCAUUAUUCUGUUCGUAGCCUAUCUCUUGUCCUCUUUUACCACGUCGCCAAGUGAUAAGACCGAAAAAGAGGAAGAGAAGGGAGAAAUUCCUUUCGACGUCGAUUCACAUCCUCUUCGAUUAAUCGACUCGUUCUAACCCUAAGCGAAGGAGUUGCUUCUCGUCAUCGGUGAAUCAGGUGAUGCGUGUCGAUCGGUGUAUCGAACGAGCUGUCAUCGUGGCAACAGCAGUCAUGCACGAUCGACGCGUUUGAAUCUUUCCCGUGUUCGUCCCUAAACGUGAAACAGGAUUUCGAGAUCCCCAGCCUUUCGCGGAUUACUCUGCACGGACGUGUGAG